CAGUCGAGCUUUGAGCUACGCGGCUCAGCGCGCUUUAAUUCAUUAAAGGGAAUUUAGGUUGGAGGAGGUCGUGGAGGAAGAUUUAUAAAAAAAAAAAAAUAAAAAAUAAAAGGCCUGGUUUCGUGAUUAUACCUGGAGGAAAUCGUCUUGAAGGAGGAUCUAAUUCGGAUUGACCACAUCUCGGUGCUUUUUUUAAUUAUUUAAUGGUGAAGACUGUCCUGUCCAGCGCGUGCGGAUGCCAUUUGAGAAGAAGUUGAGACAUGCCUUAAGUCGGAAAGCUGGUCUUUUAGUUGCUGGGAAUAUGGGAAUCCUGCACGAAAUCUGAGAUAUUAUUCCUAGCUCUGACGGAAAACGGAAGAUCUGUCUGCACUGCAAGUGUCCGCGUGAGGAUCAUGCUGUGACGGCCAUGCCUCUGGAGAUGGAGAAGACCGUGUCCAAGCUGUUGUACGACUUCCAGAGGAACUCCACGUCGGACGACGAUUCGGGCUGCGCUCUGGAGGAGUACGCCUGGGUGCCGCCCGGCCUCAAACCCGAACAGGUUCAUCAGUAUUACAGUUCUCUGCCUGAGGAGAAGGUGCCGUACGUGAACAGCGCUGGAGAGAAACACCGCAUCAAACAGCUCCUGCACCAGCUGCCACCUCACGACAAUGAGGUGCGAUAUUGUAGCGCUCUGGAUGACGAGGAGAAGAGGGAGCUGAAGCUCUUUAGUAACCAGAGGAAGAGGGAGAACCUGGGCCGGGGUAACGUCAGGCCUUUUCCAGUCACCAUGACUGGAGCCAUAUGUGAACAGUGCGGUGGUCAGAUUAACGGAGGCGACAUCGCUGUUUUUUCUUCUCGGGCGGGUCACGGUGUGUGCUGGCACCCUCGGUGCUUCGUGUGCAGCACAUGUGACGAGCUCCUGGUGGACCUGAUUUACUUCUACCAGGAAGGCAAAAUCUACUGCGGCCGACACCACGCCGAGAGACUGAAACCGCGAUGUUCAGCAUGCGACGAGAUCAUCUUCGCGGAUGAGUGCACAGAAGCAGAAGGCAGGCACUGGCACAUGAAGCACUUCUGCUGUUUCGAGUGCGAGACGGUUUUGGGUGGCCAGCGCUACAUCAUGAAAGAGGGUCGGCCGUACUGCUGCGGCUGUUUCGAGUCCCUCUACGCCGAGUACUGCGACUCCUGCGGAGAACAUAUCGGUAUUGACCAGGGCCAGAUGACGUACGACGGGCAGCACUGGCACGCUACUGAAGACUGCUUCUGCUGUGCACGCUGCAAGAAGUCCCUACUGGGUCGUCCAUUUCUGCCCAAACAGGGUCAGAUCUUCUGCUCGAGGGCGUGUAGCGCGAACGAGGACGCCAAUGGCUCGGACUCUUCAGACUCUGCCUUCCAAAGUGGCCGAACCCGUGAGGCCAGGCACAGCAGCUCCAAAUCGAGCAAGAGCAGUAGCAAUAGCAACAGUGGUGGAAACGGUUCUAGCGGGUGCUAUUCGGCUGAUGUGGACCCUCUUUCUCUGCAGAUGGACUUGCUGAGUCUGGCGAGUCAGGCCCCAAGUCUGAACAGAGAACCUCCAUCCUGGAAAAAGCAAAUCGAUCGAUAUGGCUAUGAAGGUCAGAAUGAAUCUUCCCCAACUCCUCUGCAACUGCUGAGUCAGUGCAACGUCAGAACGUCCUAUGCCCAGCAAGACAGCAGGCCCAGAGAGUCUGUACAGUCCAAGAGACCUCCUGUAUCUGCAGUCAAAGGACAUUCAUUUAAUGAGAACUGGCUCCAGCCAGAUCCCGAGGACCAUUACCCGUCUGAGCUGAAAGCGCAGGCUAGCUUUAACGAGUUGCCGUCUAAUGGCUUCAUGGACAAGCGCUCGAUCAGCAUCCAUGCCUUUCAGAGGGAGAGAGAGAGGGAACGAGAGAGGGAGGUUGCGGCUCAACUGGGCCGCAGUAGGAACCCCAUCAGUGCACUUAGCUUUAGUGAGCAGCUCACACCGCUGGAACAAACACCUCGCGGUUCCAUGGAAUCACUAGCACUGUCAAAUGCUACAGGUACCUCGGCAGAUGGUGGCGGUAAGAGGCAGGAGCACUUGUCCCGCUUCUCCAUGCCUGACUUGAGUAAAGACUCUGGCAUGAACGUCUCGGAGAAGAGCAACAUGGGCACUCUGAAUUCUUCAGUGCAGUUCCACAGCUCAGAGUCUCUCCAUAGCCUCACCACUAGGCAGCCGUACCUGGAGAUGGAGCCACCCGUGCAGGUGAAUUAUCCACUUCCGUAUUCCCAGCAGUCUCCCGGAAUCACCAUUCUACCCCCCGGCUUCACCUAUCAGGACGAGGACAGGGCGAGUUUAGUGAGCAGUGCUCACAAUGCCCGUCUGGCACCCAUGAGCGAACGGACUCACCGGCGUGUUCUUGAGCCGGAAGAGCCACGACGAAGGCAUCAUCACCGCUCGCGCCGUUCCCGUCGUUCUCGUUCCGAAAACGCACUCAAUUUAGUGGCCCAACAUCGUCCGCCGAUGCCGGAGCGAUCACAGUUACGUGUAUGUGAGGAUUAUGAUCGGUUUCCUCCUCCACGUGGUCCAAGGGAUCCAAAUAAUGGUGGGAUUAGAGAUUCCAGAUUAAGACAGCAGCCCUUCAGGCCAUGCCCUCGCACAACCUCAGACCUUACGCUUCAGAACCCAGCGCCACAGCGCCACAUGGGUCGUUACGCCUGGGAUCCGUACAAUUAUGACGACGACUGGUGCUCUACCUGUUCUUCGUCUUCCGAAUCCGAGGACGAAGGCUAUUUCUUGGGAGAACCAAUCCCCAAGCCGGUUAACCUAAGGUAUAUGACCAGUGAGGAGUUACUGCACAAGUACAGUUCUACCGGACUCGUAGGAUCUGGUCACUUGGGAACCCGAGGACAGUUACACACUCGCAAGCGCAGGAAGAGCAAAAACUGUAUCAUCUCCUAACAUACACCCAUAAUGCACUCACCUCCACUAUAAGUUUUAACAGUUCACUUGAUUCGCUUUUCAGUAUUGUGUGGGUGUCAGUGAGCAAUAUGCAGUAAUGUCAGCUUCAGACACGCUUUUGCAUACUUAUUUCCCUUUGAUAUUCCUAAAUAAUCAUUUCUUAGAAAGGUCCCAGCACCCCCCACCCCAACCAACCCCGGUCUUGCUGCAGCCAAUGUGCAAUUGCGCGUAGUUUUCAUUUUCCGUUUAUAGCCAGCACAGUUUUGCGCCACUUCUUCUUGCUGUGUGUUUCUAAAUGAGUUUAUUCGAUGUGUAUAUUAGUAAAUGAAUUAAUAAAAUACACUUAAGUUAAGGCUGUAAAGUGAAAUAUAAUGUAAAUGAUGUACCGCAUAUUUUUAUAUUUUGUAACAAUAGAAUCAUUUAUGUAUUAAGUAUAAUGUAGAGAUUCCAUAGGAACGCAUGCAAGUUACUUUGCUGGUUUUUGUCCUGUAUUGGAAAUUUUUUUUAAAAAACUUGCAUUUCAGCAGGUAGUUUGACUGACAGGUGUUGGUUCCAGAUCGUCAGAGCACGGCGUGGUCUUCGAACGACGCGCUCGCCAUCUGCUCGAUGAAUAAAUGCAUUAGAACACGCCGACGUGGCAUCGUCUGCCCACUGUUUCUCACACGUUUCCUUUCCACACAGCUAUGCUUAUGAAAAUUCAGUGAUUUGUUUUCACCCUUGCUUUGGCAUACUGAGAUUCAACGUAGGCUUAGACUGCUGGCGCCGGUAGGAGCUGUGUUGUUAAUCUUGUUAAAUAAAUAUUGUCUGAAAAAUUGAAUCCUAAUGCAAUUAAAAUUGAAUUUGAAAUGUAUGGUAAAGUCAAAAAAUGUGUAUCAAGUAAAGAAUAGAACUCAAUACCAUGCGAUAACGUGCUAUUAUAGGAAAUGAAUCAACAGUGGAGUGUUUUUCCCUCUUAAACCAAAGCAAUCUGCCAGCAAUGGCAUGUCGUACUUUUCUUUGAAUCAACUUAUCGUUACGUCCGCAAAACAAGACAACGGUUCCUGUUGACUUAUGUCCUGACAACUAUACACAGUCAUUCUCUCACCAGCCUCUAUACUCUUCUCUGUUUAAAGAUAAGACGAAAAAAAAACCCCUGCAAAAUGCCGCUUCUCAAGUCCUCAGUCCUGAACGCUUUUCUGUGUCCAAAAACAUACUGUUACAAAACGUCUCCUUACAGAAAACUUCACCACUGCUAUUUUUAUUAGACUAGAUACCAUUCAAAGCCACCAUACAAGACCUUGUGUAGUGUAUAUAAACUAUAAUUAUAACUAAAGAUAUAAACGGCACCUUCUGCCAAUCGGAUAAAUUUAAAUUAUUAUUUAAUAUUAUUAUUCUUAUUCAAUAUUCUUAAUAAGGGGGUGUGGUCUCAUCCUCGGGUGCUCCGGUUUCCUCCCCCAGUCCAAAAGACAUACAUUGUAGGCUGACUGGCAUUUCCAAAUGGUCCAUAAUGUAUGAAUGGUGUGUGAUUGUGCCCUGCGAUAGGUUGGCACCCCAUCCAGGGUGUCCCCUACCUUCGCCCCGAGUUCCCUGAGAUUUUCUCCAGGCUCCCCUCCGCGAACCUGUGUAGGAUAAGCGGUAUGGAAAAUGGAUGGAUGGAUAGAAUAUUAUAAACAGGACUGUUUAUGAUCAUGUUAGUAUUAAUAAUAAGACUAUUCUUUAAUAGGACGGCAGUACAGCACUGAGAUCUUGGUGCCACAUGUGAGGAACAGAAAUCACACACUGUUAUUACCGAGCCAAUAUUUGGCUAAUGGCGAGUGUUGAACAGAGAUCAGGUCUCUCUAUAAAGUUCAUAAAAUACCUAUUAACACUUUAAGGGCAACAGAAAACAUGUUCAUCAAACAGCUGGGUGAAGUUCUAGAAAAGCCACCUUGUGAUUGAUUUUUCUCAUGGUAAUGCCGUUGCGGACAAAACUAGGUUAAAAUGAGUGGUCGCUUAAUAGGACGUACUCAGCAUUAGCAUCUUUUGAGCUCGUCCGAGCAGAAAUUUUGGUCCAAAAUAUCAGAAUUUUGUCAGAAAGCUGUUAUGAUGAGUGUCUAAAAUGUCACCAGUAGCCAACUGAAUCUAAACCUAACUGAGAUCACGCAGUCUGCCAUAGAAUUUCUCCAAAACGUCAUUGACACCAUGUCGAACAGCGUGGCAUGUAGUAAACUUAUAAGACCACCGUUAUCACCCAGUAUAAAUCGGCUUUAAUGUAAUGCGCUGUUGGGAAUCGAAUCCUGUAGCAGCGUUUGAAAAGAUGUUGAAUUUGACCUGACUAGCUACACCGCUGACUUGAUUAAAGGUGGUGAAGCACUAAUGACUUUGACAGGCGCGAGGCUUUAGAAGUCUUUGCGCUAAUCUUCACGGAAUGCAUGUCCUCGAGAUGAGCAUGUAUAUUGUGGUGAUCGAAAUUGAAGCAAUUUGGCAACGUUAUUGUAGAAACAGCUGCAUAAACAUGCGAACGACAUUAACGGCGCUGUGAGAAUGACUGGGUGGGACGUGUCGGUCUGGUCUCUCGUUCUCUCUCGGGUUCCCACCCACCAGUUCAGACGAGAUGGUUCUCUUAUAUUCAGAAGCAGCAGUGUUGAGGAUUUAUUGAUGGAAAUGUAAGAAGAAUGAUCUCUUUGUAGCCAAUCAGACAACACCUAUAUGCAUAGAAAUUCAGCAAAAUGGUCUGUUCUCUAAGUUCAUCUGAAAUCAGCCAGACGUGAUAUAUAUAUAUAUAUUAUAUAAUAUAACAUUUUUUUCCGGAGCUUAAAACAAAACAGGAGCUCUUUUGUUUUCAGGGCAAACGGAGCUCUCGGGCUUUGCUUGUGCACUGAUGGGGCCAUAUUGAGCAGGGCUCGUUCAGCAUGUGAACCUCAUCAGAGCUGCAUACACUCCAGCGCGCUCUUAUUUUCUUAUUUGUCCUGGGAAUGCUUAGCUUGGAUCUGAAGCAAUUUGAUUAACGAAAGGAAGUAUGCUUUAGAAGAUGUGUCUCUUUAGACUACAGCUGCACAGGCAGUCGAAUCUCAUCAUUUUCCCCCUUGAUAUGUCUGCUUCACAGGAUCUCGUGUCUGUUUUCCGUGUCCCAUUUUAUUUGGAAAAAUGCAGCCGUUUCGGCAAGAGUCCUUGUUGGUCCUACUGUUGGUUGACUAUUUAUUCGGGUAAAUCCGGAAUACAUUACAGUCAACGUUCACUGUUUAAGCGUGGGGGUUAAGGGUAGAGGAAUGUAACAAUAUGAGAGAUGUUUUGGCCUCGACAAAUCUCCCUUGAAAACGCACCAUGUCCAAUUCACUAAUGAAAACCAUGAGUUUUUACUGAACUUGUACCACAUCUGAUGUUAGAAAUACCCUUAAGAAAGCUGUUUCGAACUCGUAAAAGACGUGCGAAGUGCUCGUUCGCUUUGAAAGCAUCGUGUUGCCACACUAUGUGCGUUGCUGCAGGUUUUCAGUAAAUAUGAAUUUAUGGAUAUACUUCGUGGCAUGUUAAACUGCCACGCUAGAUUUUGUACAAUUUAUGAGCAGUUAAUACGUGCAGUUCUUGUGGUUUUAGAGCUGCAUUGCAGUUGGUCAGUGAAGAAACGCCCCGUAAAGCCAGAGAACAAACUGAAAUCUUCAUGUACGUAUUACCUUCUAAAACGCCCUCCGUGACCGUGAUGACGUCUAAAUGUUGGUCAUUUACUUAAGAACUUGAAAAUCCCUAAUCGGAUAUUGACGCGUGUUCUUGAUCUUGUUAUGGGACCUCGGGAUCGUUAUUCGAAAGGGAUUUCAAGACUGUAGAGCUUUUGAUUGGAUCGGCUUAAUUUUUAUUAGUAGUAGUAUUUUUUUACGUUGUUGCAGAGCAUUAACUUGUCCCCGCUUUUAUGAUUGCAUUCUGGAUAAUAGACUGUUCUACCGGCUGUUCUCUGGUUAAGACAUGUCCUCUGGAACCUUAUUCUGAUUUCAUUAAAGAUUUGAUGAUAAUGGGAUCAACAUCUGAAAGCAAUUUAAUUUUGGAUUAUUAAAAUAUUCCGCAGUUGCAGCACCUGGAAAAUCCUGCAGAUGUUUUCAGCCUCCAUGAACAAAACAGACCUCCAUUAAAAAGCACAUAGAGAUCCAUAUUGGAAGUAUACGAGGGUACGUCCGGGUCAAUCAAGAUCCGUUUAUUAACUCCAGCCCCAAAAUGAAUCUGAAAUGAUGAAAAACAAGGAAAGGAGAGCUUUUGAGAUGUAUAGCUUUUGUAAUAUUUAUUCUUUUAAAGCUAAAAACAACUCUAAUUUUUUUUUUGUGUUUUUUUUUUUUUAAAUAAAAAUGAACGAACGUGACAUUUUAACAUCCCGUAUUUGCACGGAUUUGUUUUUUCUGCUUGAAAACUUUCUGCCUUUUAGUCUUGGCUUGUGUUGAGUCAGCUUCCUGAAUAGCUCCCGUAUCUGCUAUUUAUUCCCUCUAAGGAGGAUGUGAAGUCUAUUUCGAAGGUUGCUGAAAUCCGUAAUUAUCGCCGUUUAAAGCCAAACUGAGCCAAAUUACCGCUUAGCACUCCCAGCCUUAAAAUAGCCUGAUUUUUUAAAAAUUAUUCACAACUGUAGGAUGCAGGAAUGCUAACGGCGCCGCAACGGUAACCCGUGAACGGGAAUCGUAUGGCUGCAGCGGACGAAGAUUUCCAGUCUAGCUCCUCAUCAUGUGUGUUCAAUUAGCGCUGGCAGAAAGAAAGCUGACCCCAGAUCAGUUCUGGGUUUCGUUCUCUAGUGGUCGGGAUCUGAGUGCCAGCUUGGUUCAGAUUCCACCAGCAUAAAUGGUGGGUUGAAACUGUUAACGAUGUGUUGUAGCGAUGUUAAAACCGUGCUUGGUCUCGUUGGGGGGAAACACAGAAGCGACGAGAAGCCUUGUGUGUUUCUCAUAUCACAUGAUCAAGGCUGGCAGUAAUGCCCUUUAAGCUAUCAGCGUUCCCAUUCCCUACAUCUCCAAUUAGGCGGUGUAUCCUAGUUAUGUCAAGACCCAUAACGUCUUUCUCGAGGGCUGUAUGUGCAAAUUAACACAUGUUGGUUCCACAUAAUGAGCUACGGUUUUAACAGAAUCAUACCACGGUGCUGUUGAGUCUGAUUGUGGAUUAAUUAUCUAUUACAGAAGCACUGACGGUCCUCAAGCUGUAAUUCAAAUCAUAGCUUGUUGUAAUGUUAUCAUAUGUUUUUAUACUAACGGCUCACCUACACCAACUUGUAUGGUGGAACAUCUAUAGAAUGUUUGUCACGGUGGCUUAGUGGUUAACACGUUUGCCUCACACCUCCAGGGUUGGGGGUUCCACCUCUGCCCGUUGUGUGUGGACUUUGAAUGCUCUCUCCAUGCUUUGGGGACAUACGCUGUAGGCCGUUUGGCAUUUCCACAUUGUCCAGUGUGUGAAUGAUUGUACCCUGAUAUGGGCUGGCACCCCAUCUAGGGUGUCCCCGAGUCCCCGUGACCCUGUGUAGGAUAAGGGUACAGAAAAUGGAUGGAUGGAUGGAUGGAUGGAUGGAUGGUGAAGCUUUCUGUUGGGGAAUGUAUUUAUUUAUUUAUGGAAGGAGUCUCCAGUAUCAGCAUAGCUACAUACGGUUGUGUCUUCUGCCACUGGAAACACCUCUGCACAACUUGUUGGCUCUGUUUUUGGGUCUUAACUUAAAGAAGGCGUCAGUUUAUACCUCCAAAUCCAUAAGUGAUAACGGAAAAUUUGUUUCACAGAUGUUCCACAAUGUUAAAUAUAACUGUAAAAGGAUAUAAAAUUUUUUAAAAACAUGGUGUCAUUCUUUCAUAAACAAAAAUGCAUGACUCUGGCGUAAACGGAAUAAAAGACUUUUUAAUGCGCUGUUAUAGGAAAAUAAUCUGCUUGACUUCACCACCCUGUUGUUGAUUUAUUUUCCUAUAACAGCGUCAUGUGUCGUUACUUUUCUCACUUCCUUUCUAUUGUUUUCCUCCGUUCUGUUCUCUGCCGUCAGCCACCCUGAGGUGUUCUCUGCAGUGUGAUCUGGUGACGAAUUACUUCGCAACACCCACUCACAUCUGAAUGUGGGUUUGAAUUGAGAAACAUCCACGGUUGAAUGGAGCCCGUCCCUGGCUCUUAAUCCACAGUUCAGAAAGUCACAGAGAUGUUUUAGAUUCAUGGAACUUCUGGAUUACGGCACUGCUAAUCCUGAGAGCUCAUGUCUCAGUCACUUUCAAGCAUGCUAAUGGUGUUACUGAGCUCCUGUGUCCCUCGCGUAUCAUAACGCUACAUGCACAAACAUGCUCGGUAUCUGCUGGAUCGUCAGCGUGCUUCGCUCGUUGUCUGACGUGAAGCUAAAGGGCGAACAUACCGAGCACUCGCUAAGGGCUCCUGGUCAAACGGGUGGGCCCAGGCGACAAAUCUCAACCUGUGAGUGUUCCACAGAGAAUCUUUUUCUCCCUCAGAAGAACAAACAGGAGGUUGUAGGCUAGAGCAUGUACGUUUAAUAACGUGAAUAUAAUUGAUUUCCACCAUUUUUGGACACGAUGCUAAUAAGGUCACACCACACUUCCAAUACAUGAUCACUCAGUGGAG